CACAACAACUUCGAGCAAGAAACACAUUCCCUCAUUUAUAAAUUUCUGGUGGAAGAAACAUGGCAACAAUCUCUCUUCCAAGGGUGAUCGUGAUCAAAUCGAAAGUGUACGGAAGUAAAGGCCAUGCUUACUUCAAGGCUGAUGGCGCAUCAGUAGUUUUGGGAGAAGAGGACAUAUUCAGCACGCUCGUCAAGAUUGAUGUGGAGCGUUCUAUCACCAACGCCAAAUAUGUCAACCUCAAAUUCGGCUAUUUCAACAGAUACUGGCGCCGCAAAGAAAACGACAAAUUCAUUAUUGCUGAAUCCAACCAGGCGGAAGAGGACGUCUCAAAGCCCUCCUGCACCUUGUUUGAGCCCGUCAAGGUUGAUGAUGCCGGGGUGUUUUACUUCAGGCACGUCCAGAGUGGAGGUCGCGUGUUAAUGGAUGCAUCGAGCAUGAGGUUUUACGUGGAUGAGAAAGCCGGCAAUGAUGACAAAAGUUACCUAACUUUUGUGGACUGGAAUACAAUACUUAAACUGCCGAGCAAGGUGGCAUUUAAGGGGAAUAAUGGCAAGUACCUCUUCAGUACAGAUACAGCAACGGCACCUUUAUUUAAGGCUGAAGAUCCUAAUGACGAAAGAGCUAUCUUCAUAGUGGAGAUGAAGCCAGACGGACAUGUCCGAAUAAUAGCACCUGCUUGGUUUGGAGGACUUUAUGGAUUUUCCUUGUCGGGAUUGAGCGGUGGACCUGAAUAUGUGGUAAUGUACGCACAAGGCGAGACGAAUAAAUUACUGGCUUCCAAAAUCGAUGAGGAUUUAAUUGCGCUCCGCAGUACAACCAACAAUAACUUCUGCCGCAUGCAGUAUAUUGCGAAGUUGAAUGAGUAUUUUCUCUGCGCAGACACUCCGACUAUAACCGAUGCCGCCAAACUUAAAGUGGAAGAGCGGGUGCUGGAACGAAAGAUCUACAACGUGGUGUAUCAGAUGCAGUAUGCUCGGAUAUUCAACGAGGCGCCUUAUGUGGCAGGCUCAGCCGUGCUUAUCAACGACAAGCCUCUGGCGGCUUCCAUGCAGGCCGAAGUUGAAUACACAGACGAGAGAUCUUAUUCUUUCAGCCGAAGCCAAUCGUUGACUGGAAGCUUCAGCACCACCAUCGAAGCUAGUGUGCCCUUCAUUGCAAGUGUAUCGAUUACAGCGGGAUUUGAGAUAAAUAAGGCGUUUCAGUGGGAUGAGACCACAACAACUUCAACCACCGUAAAAGGAACUGCGAUGGUUCCUGUGCCUGCCAUGUCUAGCGUUACGGUUGAUUAUGUAGGAACAAGAGGCACCUGCAACAUUCCUUUUUCUUACACUCAGGAAGACAGGAGCUCCUCCGAUGCCCAAAUUUCUUACACCGAUCACGUUGAUGGUACUUACACCGGCGUCAGCUAUUACAGCUUCAGCUUCCAUGUCAGAGAAACCAAGUCACUCUGAGCUACUACUUGUGUCCCAAACAUCCAUUACCUUUUAUUGUUUUCUCUUAAGUUAUGUGCUUUGUUUCGUUUCCUUUUCUUGUCGUUAUGCUAAUAAUCUCCAGAUGCAUGUAUGUAUCUGAUGAUCCGAUGUUGCUUCAUAUGUACAAAAUGUGUGGUUGAUUUGAAUCAUAUAUGGAUGUCUAGUUUGUGUAGUAAAGUAGUUAAUUUGUGUAAUAUUCAAUUGGCUAAUAAUAGGGCAGCUGGUGUGCCCUUCAUUACAAGUAUAUCGAUUACAAUGGGUUUUGACAUAAGUGAGGAAUUGCAGUGGGAUGAAACCACAAAAACUUCAACCACUAUUAAAGGCUCUGCGAUGGUUCCUGUGCCUGCCAUGUCUACCGUUACAGUUGAUUUUGUGGGAACAAGAGGCACCUGCAACAUUCCUUUUUCUUACACUCAGGAAGACAAGAGCUCCUCCGAUGCCCAAAUUUCUUACACCGAUCACGUUGAUGGUACUUACACCGGCGUCAGCUAUUACAGCUUCAGCUUCCAUGUCAGAGAAACCAAGUCACUCUGAACUACCACUUGUGUGCCAAACAUCCAUAGCAUUUUACUAUUUUAUUUUAUUUUUGUUCAUUUGUGUGCUUUGUUUCAUGAGCUUUCGUUUCCUUUUGUCGUCGUUAUGCUAAUAAUUUCCAGAUACACGUAUGUAUCUGAUGAUUCGAUGUUGCUUCAUAUGUACAAAAUGUGUGGUUGAUUUGAAUCAUAUAUGGAUGUCUAGUUUGUGUAGUAAA